AUGAAGAGGAAAUAUUUGUCAGGACAUAAUCGUCCCUUAACUCAUGUAAAUACAAAUUAUGAUGGUGAUUUGUUAUUUACAACAGGAAGGGAUAAAAAGUUUAUAUUGUGGAGAGUUUCAGACGGGACUCAAAUAGGAUUAUAUGAAUGUAGUGGUGCUGUGUAUAACUCUGAUGUGACAUAUGACAGUAAAAGAAUAGUGUGUUCGUCUGCUGCGAAUAAGGUUUAUUUAUUUGAUGUAUAUACAGGAGAACCUUUAAAAAUAAUUGAAGAGAAUGGUCCAGUUCGAUUUGUGGAAUUUAAUAAAGAUCCAUUAGAUCAGAAUAAGAUAGUAGUAGCACAUGAUAGAUUAAAAUCAGAUCAUAAAAGGUCAAUUAAAUUAUAUGAUUUAAAGAGUGAUAAUUUAAUAUGGAAACAAGAUCAUGAAAGUAGAUGUAUACAGGUUCGAUGGUGUUUUUUUGAUAAACUUAUUUUAUCAGCACAUGAAAAUGGAGAAAUUGUUGUAUGGAAUGCAGAAGAUGGACAUCAAAUUCGUAAAUUCCAAGCACAUUCUAAAGAAGUUACAAAUUUAUCAUUUGAUAAAGAUAGAAUGUUGAUGUUAAGUUCAUCACUUGAUGGAACUGCCAAAUUAAGAGAUGGUGUAAAUUUUGAAAUUAUAAAUGAAUAUAAAACAGACAGACCUUUAAAUACAUGUGAUAUUUCUCCAUUAUUUAAAAAUGAAAAUAAUCCAAAAAAUCAUAUUAUUCUUGCUGGAGGACAAGCUGCUGAACAUGUCACAACUACAGCCUCAGGAGAAGGAAAAUUUCAAACACUUCUAUAUGAUAUCAUACAUUCAAAUGAAUUAGGAAGUAUAAAAGGACAUUUUGGACCUGUUCAUUCAAUCAAAUUCUUACCACAUGGUGAUGGUUUUGUAUCAGGUGGAGAAGAUGGAUUUGCAAGAAUUUAUCAUUUCGACAAUGAUUAUUUUAUAGGUAAAUAUGAUUAA